CGAAAGCCAGCGCCGAGGCGCCGUGGGGCCGAGGAAGGCGGGCGGCAGCCGGAGGCGAGUAUGGCCGAGAAGGCGGAGAUGGAUGAAAAAUUCCAGUUCCUCCUCUGUGAAAAAUGCCAAAGGGAGGUGAAGGCCCCAAAACUGCUCCCUUGCCUUCACAAUCUCUGUACCGAGUGCCUGGAAAAAAAACCCAUCAGUCUCUGCCCCAUAUGUGAAACCGUGCACUCUCCGGACGCAGCGGCCCCCCUGAUGCAGGACAACCUGCUCUUUGCGAACCUUCAGGCCAAGCUGAGCAUCUACCAGAAGGUGGUUGGUGGCCAAGACUUGAUCUGCGACAAUUGUAAGAAAAAAGGAGAUUUCUGGUGCGCCGACUGCGAGGAGUUCAUUUGCGCCUCGUGCUACGAAUCCCACCAGAGGUACCUGAAGCGGGAGAGCCAUGAAGCCAAAGCCCUGAAGGAUCUUCGGACAGAGUCCAGCCAGGAAUUCCUUGCAGGGCUCAGGAAGCUGAGCGUUAUGUUCUGCUCCAAGGAGGACCACAAAACCCAGAUGCUAAGCAUCUAUUGCAAUGAAUGUAGGCAGUCUAUGUGCUGCGUUUGUGCACUGCUGGACAGCAAGCACAUGGGUCAGCACCAAGACAUCCGAACGGAAAUCCAGAGCAGGCAAGAACAGCUCCGGAGCAUGAGUGCCGAGCUGAAGGAGAAGAAGAGCAGCUACGAUGCUACCUAUAACAACCUCCAGGAGCUGGUGGGAAACAUGGAGAAGGCGAGGAAUGAAAUGAGAGAGCAGAUCCAGCAAAAGAUAGACGAAAUGGUCCGGAUGCUGAAAGAGAAGGGGGAAAGGUUUCUAGCAGAAGUGGAAGACCAGCAUAAACAAGAGAUCCAGAAAGUCAUGAAGAAGCUCCAGGAGAUGGAGGGAAUGGUCAAGAGGAUGGUGUCCAGUGAGCAGCUGGUGGAGAAGAUGCAUCUCUACGCCUCCGACCAGGAGGUGCUGGAGAUGCAACCUUUCCUCAGAAGGUCCCUGGAGGAGCUCCAGAAGAAGGAGCCUCCAGCUGUAGAUUUCCAGAUCCAAGUGGGGAAAUUUGCCGAGAUCAACUCCCAGCUCCAGGCGCUGUUUGAACGAGUGACAAAAGAAAAAGAAGCGGUCCCGGCUAAGCUUGAAACUGCACCCAACGAGGUGAACAACGUCAGUGCGGGUGGCAACCAGAGCUGCAGGACAGGCAUCAGUCAGAACGCCUGCAGGACGGCCGACCACGCAGCAAAAUUGCCGGCAAAGAGGAAGCGUCUGCUAGAGGAAAGGGCCAUUCAGGCCUCUCCAAAAGUCAUUAAAACGGAGCCUGUUGAGAGCGAGGGCCUUGAACCGGCCUGGCGAGGCAGCGACCGUUUGCUAGAACAGCCAGGGCCCAGUUCUGAAUCUGCCGGAAGUGACUGUGCCAGAGGGAGUGGAGGCAGCCUGAGUGGAAGCACGGACAGGGACUCCUGGUUGGCCGUCUCCUCCUCCUCCUCGGAAUCAUCUGAUCCAGAGGACGUGACUUUGGUAGACGUUUCCUCCGAAGAGGAAGUCACCGACAAUGAAUCCGUGGGCUCCAGCCUGCUAAAGGACCUCCACAGCAGAGCGCAAAGUAGCCAGGAAGGAGCCACGAGCCAUCCCUUCAGCAGAGCCCAGGAGCUUGAUGCAGGCCAAGGGACUAUGGUGUUCUUUGACAUGAAGUUUCUACCUGGAAGAAUCCUUCACCUGGUGGCGGUGGCUGAGGAAGCCAACUGCCUCUCCGUCAUGAUCCAGCCGCUGCUGUCUUCGCCCGUCGGAGACAUGAAAUGCAGCCUCUGCGAGAUUGGGCUGGACCAGCUGCUCAGCUACCUGCGUUCCCUCCGCAGGCCCAUUCUGGUGGGACACAGGCUGUGGUCCAUGGAGCUUCCGUUGCUAGUCGAGUCCCUGCAAAACAUCAACAAGGAGGAACAGCUUGAAGCCUCCAUCCUGGGCUUCCUGGACGCCUUGCCCCUCAUCAAAGAGAAAAUCCCCAAGAUCGCCAGCUAUUCGCUGAAGAACCUGGACAGCACCUACCUCUGGGGGCAGCUGGACGACAGCCAUCCCGCCGACUGCGCAAGGACCCUGAAGGAUCUGUGCACGGUCCUGGAAAUCAACCCGGUGGUGGAGAGGAGGCCCGUCGUCGCCUACGCCAGCUUGCAGUGCUACACCUCCCUCCAGCCGCUCCUGCGGGAGAAGUUCCUCUCCUGGCCUUCCGUGCAGACGCUGGCCCUGCACCAGGUCAGCCUCGCCCUGCUCCAGUCCGUGUACCAAAACAACCCAGCAAAGGGGCUGCAGAAACUGUGCCGGUACCUGAAUGCCAGGCGGAGGCAGGACGAGAGGAAGAUCCAAAAGCUGAGCAAGAUCCGCAGCUAUUUCCAGGCGCAGCUGCCCAUGGCUCAGCCCUGGCUGCCCGCCGCUGCUCAGAGCGCUCCGUUCCCCCCCACCUCCCAGCUGCUGCCCUGAGACAGCAGCCUUGUGCGCCUGCGCUGGGAGGGAGCCUCGGGCAGGAAGGGCCGGCGCUCAUCCUGACAUCCCCCACAGACCCCACCCCCACCCCUCCCACGAGAGACCAAACCUCCAGGCUCCUGGGCCGAUCCAGAUCAACGAAGCAGUUCUUGCUGUUCUCACCCCCCCCCCCCAGGAGCAGGGCUUUGGCAAAGCUCACGGGCCUGAACCGCUCAUUCGAGGCAAACCCCCCCACCUCCUGAAACUUUGCAUUAUGACAGGGAGCAACAGACCAUUCAGGUGAGGGGGGGAUUCUCCUGUGCGGGUUCCAAUUCGGCUCAGAGGGGAGCCUGAGAUGGGUGGCAGGUGACGGCAGCGCCCCUCCUGGCCAAACAGUGCCAGCGCUGCGCCCGCUGGGAAACCCCAUUGGACACCGCGGGAGUUCCUUGGGGGUAAAGGGCUGCAGGCUUGCACACCACGCCUGGCCGUUUCCUGCCUGACAGUCCUGUGCCUGGAGAAGAGGUGGCCCAUGGCCCCACUUGCACUGCCCAGCGUCAGUCAGGUGGGGAUGCCAGCAGGCUGUGGGGUGUUCGGGUGGUGAUGGGGGGGGGCGCAUGCGUCUUGCUUUGCUUUCAACCAAAAGGGGUUUAGAAAGGGCAGCCGGGGGGGGGGGGGCAUUUUUUAUCUAGGCUAGCCCCUCGCCACCACCGCCACCGGGUGCGAUCCAGCACAUACAGACAGCAGCAACCCUUCGUUCUCAGCCAGGGGAAAGCAGGCCUAGACUCUUUCCCUCUGCUUCCAUCUCUCUGGGAAGAGUGACACAAUAGCCCCCCCCCCCCCGGCUUGGACUGCAGCCAGGCUUACAGGUGGGGGAGGCUCCUGCUGCUCCCUGUAAAGCCAUCACUGAUGGAAGAGCUGAGGGUUGAAGUUGUCCUGGGUUCCAGAUGUGUGGAAACGCUGCUGCUGCUGCUGCUGCCGCGCCUGUCUCUGGCAUCUGCUGCAGGAGCCCUUUUUUCAGUCCUCUUGGGAUUCCUUCCGGUCUGCAAAAGGCAAGGGGGAUGCAGAGCUGGAUCCCUCCAGUUCCUUGACCACAUCAUGAGAAAUAAAACGACAACACUCAAGAUGA